AUGAACUCGUCCGCCAUUCAACAGCCGAUGUCCUCGUUUGACAAGACUAUCUUAUACUCUUCUCCUAUAGCCUUUAUUCUAUCAUGCUUUUGGCUAUUCCUCUGUGGAACGCGUCUUCAAUUCAAUGAUUACUACCUCUGGCACAACAUAUGUUUUGAACUUCCACUGGAACUAGGGUGUCAGGCCUUUGGAUCAUGGCUAGGGUGGCUCAUGUUAAAACGCAUUGCCAUACUUGGUUCUGGUGGCGUCUCUCAGCGUUCACUUCACGGUGUUCUAGCUAUAGAGGUGGUCAAGAUAGUUAUCGUGGCUAUGCUCAGUGGACGAGAUUCUAACCACAAAACUUAUGACCAAGUACCGAAAAACCCCUACAAGUUUAUUGUUGGCCCAGAAUACCACGCUCUCCAUCAUGUGGAUCCAGCAGCAUAUAUGGGCUCAACGUUUUAUUUCUUUGACUGGCUUUUCGGUACGGCAUACACACUGAAAUCUCGACGGGUCACCAUGACUGGCGCAUCUGGAGCGUUUGGAAAAGCCUUAAUAAGAGAACUACACACUGAGUCCGUAGCUUGCAUUCAACAACUCAAAUUUGGAGUGGAUUGGACCUACACCAAUUACGAUGCAGCGAUACCGACCCUUGCUAAUACGGAUAUUUUGAUCCUAGCUCAUGGAUCCAAGAGACACGAUGUCUUGAAAGCCAAUUGCGAUUCGGCUGUUCAACUCAUAUCUUUGUUCAAACAACAUCGGAAAAGCGACCCAAACCAGAUUGCUAUUCUUCCUGAAAUUUGGUAUGUCGGCAGCGAAACUGAGCUGCAUCCGUCCUUUGGCAUACAAAACCUCCAAGCGUACUCUACUUCUAAGCGCGCCUUUCUUCCGCAUGCACGCAAAUUAUAUGAUGAUGAUUCAAUUCUCUAUCGCCAUAUUGUCCCAGUAGCCUUUCAAUCAACUAUGGGUUCGGCAAUUCUCUCAGCGCAAUGGGCAGCUCGAACCGCAAUGUGGUGGAUUCGCAGGGGUGCAAGACCUUACGCAAAUGGUGUCAGAGCCAAAGCUAAAAUCUUCUUCAGCACGGCUUUGACCAUAAUGAUAAACAAAUUAUCUCAAAUUAUCUUGCAAGAGGAGGUAUACUAG